UCUGGAGUAUUGGAUUUUGGCGCAGACCUUAUCCUCAUUUUUCAUUCUCUCCUGAAGAUAUGGGGAAAGGCGGUGGCUGCGUCCCUAGCAAGAAGAAGGUCCCGUCCGCCGACGACGCCACGCGCGUCUCACGCGACGCUCCGAUUUCCGCGGAGGGCAAUUCCGCCGCCGCCUCCAAUCCCAUUGCGGACUCCAGUCAAAACGACGCCGUCUCGGCGGCGGUGAAGCUGAGGAUAUUCAUCGUGUUCUACUCGAUGUACGGACACGUGGAGGAGCUGGCGCGGAGGAUCAAGAAGGGGGUGGACGGCGUGGAGGGGGUGGAGGGGGUGCUUUACAGGGUGCCGGAGACGCUGACGGCGGAGGUGCUGGAGGCGAUGAAGGCGCCGCCGAAGGAUGACGGAAUUCCUGAGAUUUCUGCGGCGGAGAUGACGGCGGCGGACGGGGUGUUGUUCGGGUUUCCGACGAGGUACGGGUGCAUGGCGGCGCAGAUGAAGGCGUUUUUCGACUCGACCGGAGGGUUGUGGAAGGAGCAGAGCCUCGCCGGAAAGCCUGCCGGGUUUUUUGUCAGUACGGGGACUCAGGGCGGUGGCCAAGAAACCACAGCUUGGACGGCAAUCACCCAGUUAGCACACCAUGGAAUGCUAUUUGUUCCCAUUGGGUAUACUUUUGGAGCUGGCAUGUUUAAGAUGGACUCAGUAAGAGGGGGUUCUCCAUAUGGUGCUGGUGUUUAUGCAGGCGAUGGCUCAAGACGGCCAAGUGAAACAGAGUUGGGGCUUGCAGAGCAUCAAGGGAAGUAUAUGGCAGCAGUAGUCAAGAAGCUUGCCUAAGCUUGAUGAUGAAUUCCUUUAAAAUCUUUGUGCGCCAUCAUUUUGAUUGUGUUUCUUUUUUCUCAUUCCAAAUAUAUCUCUCAUGUGAUUGAUCGUCGCACUUUCUCAUCCCUCUCAUUGCUGAAAGAUGGUACAGUAUCACAGUUCUUUCGAGUGUUAGUUCAUUACAUCUUUACUUCAUAUCUGAUCAAAAAUCUGUAUACGGUUAAAAGUGGCUCUGCCUGAUUGUGGCGAUAAUAAUAUGGGAAUCUGUGGGUUGUGUCUUUUUGUGUACUUGAGUUCUUAAACGUGUAACUCAUACCAUUUAAGACUUGAGAUAUUAAUCAUAUGAGUAAACUCAUUG